AUGCUGAAGGAUGGUAUGAUCUGUCCAAGCAGCAGCCCGUGGGCGUCUCCUGUGGUCUUGGUAACGAAGAAGAAUGGCAGCCCACGUUUUUGCAUCGACUACCGUCAGCUGAAUGCAGCGACGGUCAAGGACGCCUACUCACUUCCGAGAAUUGAUGACACCCUGGACUCCCUUGCUGGAGCCCAGUGGUUUAGCACUCUCGACCUCACGAGUGGAUAUUGGCAGGUGGAUAUGGACCCGAGGGACGCUCAGAAGACCGCGUUCAGCACUAGUGAGGGCUUGUUUGAAUUCAAGGUGAUGCCGUUUGUAUAUAGUAGCAUGAUUGAAUAA